UUUUUUCUAGCAUUACACAACCUACCAGCGCACACACAGGCCCGUGUGCCAAACUUAUCCCUCAAGACACGCGCCCCGCCCGUUGAUCCAAGUGAUUCUACAAAAGUGUGGGGUGCACCUGAUUUACAAUGCACUAAGCGAGUUAUAGAAACUUCGGUUUCUGGUCUCGCACACACUAACUGCCCCGGAUGGCAAUAUGAUGGAUCGGCGGCGGGGGCUUCACUUUUGGUCUUACCGCCGUCGUCGUAUGAUCGCGUUCGAGUUCUCCAGCUUUACUUCCCGUCUCUACAACUCCAGCAGCUUGGUAUUCAGUGCAUCUCCUUGCGUCGAGCUACUCCCCAGUGUGAUCCGCUUGGAGAACGCCUGUCUGCCCUCUGGAGUCCUGCACCGUUCCUCUUCGAUUCCGGUUCCUGUGUGCUGUACAGCGUUCCAGCCCUCCUCGUUGUGCGUGCGUGCAGUACACACAGAGUCGUUCCUGUGUUCUUCUGACUUCAUCAUGAAGAGGACCGCGUCUGGUGUUCCCGUGGCAGCCGGCCAGCCUUCGACAUCGGGAGCCCUCCAGACCUCGACAUCGAGAGCCCUCCAGCCUUCGACAUCGGGAGCCCUCCAGACCUCGACAUCGAGAGCCCUCCAGCCUUCGACAUCGGGAGCCCUCCAGACCUCGACAUCGAGAGCCCUCCAGCCUUCGACAUCGGGAGCCCUCCAGACCUCGACAUCGAGAGCCCUCCAGCCUUCGACAUCGGGAGCCCUCCAGACCUCGACAUCGGGAGCCGUCCAGCUUGUGUCAUCUCAGGUAUGUGCACCAUCACCAGGGAAUGGGUGUGCAUACUGUGGCAAAUUGUUUUCCGCUAGCCGUAAUGCCAGACGACAUGAGCGCAUCUGCGCAGCUAAUCCUGGCUGUAAUACAGCAAGCCAAUGUCAUAUCUGCGGUAUGACAAUAAGCCGCAAGGACAGUUUGGCCCGUCAUAUGAGAACGUGUGAGGGCACCGUCGAGCACAGCACAGGCUCGAGGUGCAUUUACUGCGGGCUGCAAUUCAAAUAUAGCCGUGAUGCCAGACGCCACGAGAAGAGCCAGUGCUCAUUCAACCCUGAGCGCAUUGCAUUUACAUGCACUACAUGCCAGGGCGGGUUUACCCGCAAAGACAAUCUAUUGACGCACAUCAAGACGUGCAAUGGCCUGGCCGCUAAGAGACGGUGCGUAGACGAGACCUCCGGCCUGCAACAGCCCGGCCCCAGCACUCGUCCGCAAUACGUGGCGAGUGUGCCCGACCAGGCACAGCGAGACUUGGAGGCGCAAGCGCCUGACCAGGCUCAGGUUGACUUGGAGGCAGGCGGUACCGGGUUCGUUGAGGCGGAGAGUGCAUUCCGUCGCAACCUAAAGACCUUAGUGGCAGUCAACAAUGGUGCGACCAAAGACAUUUGCACGUACCUGGGCGAAAUGAAAAAUAACUUGAUCAAUCGCAUUUCCCAGGAAGUACGUGAAAAUGGCCCAGUGAAGUUCAGUGUAUGGCUUGAAUGCGAUUAUGCCAAGCCCGCUCCCUUCGAUGAAGGUGUAGACAAGAGGGCGUUCAAGACGAAGAAUGUACCCAUCUACGAAGAGAGCGACAUUGAAGAGGCAGUAACAGAAUGCAUUGCGAAAAUAUGUAGGGAGGAGGACGAAUAUGUCAGUAAAGGCUCGGGGUGGACCUUGUCUGCAGUAAAGAAAAUUCAGCUCCGUUUCAACAAGCUAGUGCCUCUUCGAGUCUCCUCCUACAUUGAUCUGCCUGUUGUCAUCAAGAACCGUGAAGCAUGCAUAAAUCCCAUGAACCUGGAAGAUAACGAAUGCUUCAAGUGGGCCAUACUGGCGCGGUACGUGGAGGGGGUGAGUCCUCAACGUGUGGACAAGCGCUACCACGACCUGGAGGGAAAAUUUGAUUUUUCAGGACUCGAGUUCCCUACCCCCCUCCACCAAAUCAAGGUGUUUGAGCGAAACAACAAAGAAGUGUCUGUCAACGUCUACAACAUUGACGAGAACGACAAGAUCGCGCCAGUGCGUGUGGGGAAGGAGGAAAAGCAACAUCAUUUCGACCUCCUGCUUCUGUCGAACGAAGAUAGUAACUCUCAUUUCUGCUAUAUUAAGAACUUCUCAAGACUCGUCAGGCCUCAGAUCACUGCCCAUGACCACAAAAUCCAUGUCUGCAAGAGAUGCUUCACGUACUACGAUGACCAGCACCGAGUUUCAGGGCUGACAGGGCAGCAGUGUCUCGACGCGCACAAGAAAUUCUGCAACACCCAUGCUCCCGUGCGCGUCGAGAUGCCUAAAGCUGACAAGAACGGCAAGCCACCUGUCAUGGAAUUCAAAAAUUACCACCACAUGUCAAAGAUGCCCAUCGUCGUUUAUGCGGAUUUUGAAGCCCUGCUAGUACCCAUCUCAUCAUGCCAGCCGGACCCCCAGCAAUCAGGCACCUAUGCAUAUCAAAAACAUGAAGCAUACAGUUAUUGCAUAUAUGUAAAGGUCGACAAUAGCGUGAUCCCAGCCACGCUCACCGCCUCGCUGCCACAAGAGCCGAUGCUAUACAGGGGGCCCGAUGCUGAAGCAAAAUUCGUGGAGGACAUAGUCGAUAUUGGGAAUCAGGUGAAGGAAAUAUACCAGACCAGCCUGCCCAUGACGCCGCUGACGGCUCAAGAGUAUGCCAGAUUCGCCGCAGCCCAACAGUGCUGCUACUGUAAUACAGUAUUUACCAUGGAAAAUUAUAAAGUCAAGGACCACGACCACUUCAGUGGAAAGUACCUUGGUGCCGCCUGCAACAGCUGCAAUCUUCUGCGCAGGCGGCCCAAGAAGCUUGUUGUGUACUUCCACAACCUCAGCUACGACGAGAAGUUUAUCAUCAAGAAACUGGGCUACGACAACAAGGAAAUAUUCAUAAUCCCCCACACGCAGGAAAAAAUGAUAACAUUUUCGAAAAGCCUGUUUUAUCGACACAUUCAGGUUCAUGGCACGAAGUUUGGCGUCCCUCGCGUCGUACCUGCCAGCCGACAAAUUCAAAGAGACUUCGAAAUAUUUCACACCAGAAGAAAUGUCCCUCGUCACGAGAAAGGGUACAUUCCCCUAUGAUUAUGUUUCCAGCUGGGA